UUUGUCCUAACCUGCUAUCCGUUAUCAGGGGGCGUGGUUUCAUCUGUAGUUUUUCCUCUGUAAACAACAUGCCGAGUCUGGAUCCUGAAGAUGUGAACGAGAGAAAUGACAAGCCUUCCCAAAAUAUCAUUGCUGUUAUAUCACAGUUUGCCGACGACAACUUAACUUUUGUCCGAAAUAUCAGCCCAUGUCUCGGCCUCGCUGGUCUUCUCAUCAUAACGAGGAGCAUCUGGCUGAUUACAAAAUUUGGAUAUGCCUCUGAUAUUCCAGCCUGGUUCAUUGAGAGAAACAUCAGUAUCAGAGGAAGAGUGAGAAAUAUAACCGAGACCGGGCUUAAAGUGGAACACCAACCAAUUUAUGUCCCUUUGCUCAGUCCCCUACUUACUAAACCAGGUCAGUGCGUGACCCUCCUGGAUGUGCGUCUGGCUGGGGUGGAGCUGACCUCAGAAGGGCAGAAAUGGAUCAGUCAACAGCUAAAACCAUCUGAGACGGUGUGGCUCCGACUGAUCGCUCGACAAAACGAGACCCUCCACUGUCUAGUGUCAGUUAACAGGGGCUCACUUUUAAACAUUUGUGUGAAUGAGGAGCUUUUGAAGGAUGGUUUGGCCAGGACGUCUCCCCUCGUUGGUCUGGAUCCUCAGUCUCGCAUCUACUGGAGACUCUAUAAGCGCUUGCUGAGGGCUGAGAGCAGAGCGGAAAAGAAAGGAAAAGGCUUGUGGAAGGAAGAGAGUCGUUGGGAGAGAGCUGCUAAUGUAUUGAAGAACAAUAUGUUGAUCAAGUCAAUUAAGAAACUUUAUAAAUGGACAUCUGGUGCCAAAGAAUAGUAAACAAUUUAAUUUGCAAAAGGACAAGGGUGGUUUUAGAUUAUGCAAAUUUUUUUGGGUUUAAGUAUUUUUUGAGAUGCAUUUUUAUAUUUAUUCUACUUAUAACAGUGUUGAUGUCACACAUGCAUGACUACAAUAAAACUUUAAUUAAAAAGAAACGCGAACUUA